GUUUAAUGUAGUACAGACAAGAUCACAGUUUAGUACUUCUGUAACCUGACAUGAAAACAUGCAAGUCUGCAAAAAGAUCUUAUCCGCUUACAAUAUUUUGCCAAUACUGGUUAUUAAAAUAUUUUUUGUGUGCAAUACUGUAGUGCAUUCCCAAAUCCCAGGUGUGAAGGUUCAAUUUUCCUUAUUUGUUACACUGAUAAAGAUCUGAUGAGCUUUUCUGAACACAAAGCUCAUGUAUCUUAUCUUGUAUGCUUUUCCCACGACCUCUCCAGCUGCCAUUUACGGCUUUUACGGCAAGUAUAGCAGGGGGUCAACUAAGGGGUUAAACUUCAGGAGAUCUGAUGGAUAGACAUAUGAGUGUUUGGGAUUCGUUUCACAUUAACUAUUUGAUUGAAUUUUAAUGAAUCUCUGUAAUCCCAAGAGAGCGCCAUAUGCACUUCCACUCAUUCUGUUUGUGUUGAUGAAGCUAUUUUUGAUCGGUGACUUUUAAGCAUUGACCUCACGCUAAAGGACACACAAAGCAGAGAGGAACAGUGGGAUUGUUAUUUGGCAUUGCUCUGAAAUACUGUAAGUACAAGAUGUUCCCAUGUUUAUCUGAACAUUGUGCCAUGCCCAGGUCAAAAGUUCCUGGAGGACUAGUUUGUAUAGGGUUUGCUUUUGUUUCCUAUCUGCAGAGCCGUAAAAGUACUGUGGUGAAAUCCUGGUACAGUGAUGCAUGUUCCAUGGGCAGCAGCAUUAGUGGAUUGUUCAGUGCCCUGUCUAAGACCAUCAGCAGCCCUGCUCUCCCCCAACCGUGUGAUUCUGGAUACAAUCCCAAUAGCGACCUGGAUCUGGUUCAGGACCCGGUGGACCCUUUGGAGCUGUUGCAGGAAUGUAGAGAGGUUCUGAGAAACAGGCCACCCCGACUGAACAGAACUUUUGUUCAGACUGGGAAUGGAGACCCCAGGCAGACUGCGAUCAGGGUUAUGCAGUGGAACGUACUAGCACAAGCCCUUGGUGAAGGUAUGGACAGUUUUGUCAAGUGCCCUAUGGAUGCUUUGAACUGGCCUGAAAGGAAGUAUUUGAUCCUUGAAGAGAUCCUGACCUACAGACCUGACAUCGUUUGUCUGCAGGAAGUCGAUCACUACUUUGACAUGUUUCAGCCCAUUCUUUCCAGUUUAGGAUACCAGAGCAGUUUCUGCCCCAAACCGUGGUCCCCGUGUCUGGAUGUGAAAAACAACAACGGCCCUGACGGCUGUGCCUUGUUUUUCAACCACAAACGCUUCCAGUUGAUAAGCACGACAAACUUAAGACUGUCCGCCAUGAUGCUAAAAACCAAUCAGGUAGCGAUCAUCGCUACUUUGCGUUGCCAGGCAACGGGACGGGCAUUCUGCGUUGCUGUAACGCAUCUGAAGGCAAGGAGCGGUUGGGAGGUCGUACGUAGCGCGCAGGGUUCGGAUCUGCUGCGGAACCUGAGGAACGUCGCGCAGAAGGUAGAGACGGACGAAAGUGCUGAUUCCGACAUUCCUCUGAUAGUAUGUGGUGAUUUUAACGCCGAGCCAACGGAGGAUGUCUACAGGAAUUUCGCAACAUCGAGUCUUGGACUGGACAGUGCGUACAAGCGCCUGAGCACGGAUGGGAAAACCGAGCCACCUUACACAACGUGGAAGAUCCGCACCAGUGGGGAAAGCUGUGACACGCUGGAUUACGUGUGGUAUUCGCACAGAGCAUUUCAUGUUAAUGCGCUUCUGGACUUUCCUACAGCAGAACAAAUCGGACCAAACAGGCUUCCUUCUUAUAACUACCCAUCAGAUCACCUCUCUCUUGUCUGUGACCUCAGCUUUAAGGAUGUGACACUUGUUUCAUAACAUGCAGACUCACUAAAUGUUACGCAAGACAUUUACCAAGUUGCCGUUUGGCACAACAUGUUGUUUCCUGAAUAAGUGGUGCAGUCAUUGCACACAUGUUGUUCUCAACCUAUUCUGUAGAUUAUUCAAAUUAUUUACUUACAUUUGUUACAUAAAAUGGAACAUAAUGAUAACAGUAUUUUUAUUCGAUGAAAUAUUUCUGUUGCUAUUGUGUGUUCAUGACUUUGAGAAUGUAGGUUUUGAACAAAAAUUACAAAGAAUUCAUCUUGCAAAUAUUUUUGGUUUAUAUUGGUAAAGCUUGUAUACAAUAUAUCAAGCAAACGCAUUGUAUUUCUGAUGCAGGGUGUUGAAAAUAAAGUCAGUCUAGGACGGUGUCAAAAUAACAAAAACAGUUUGUCUUUCAUGGACUGUCAGAAAUGUAUGAAUCAUUGCCUUCACGUUCAUAUGUAACAUGCUCAGACUAGCUUCACAAGAGUCUAUUGGUCUGCUGCAAAUAGACCAUUUAGAAAUUACAUAUCACAUUUUUGGUUCCUUUCACAUGAGCUUUAAAUCAUAGGCUUAAUAUCUGGGCGAACUGUAAAGGACAUUUUGUUUUGGUAACCACACUGCUACUCUGUGGCAGAACUUAGUACUGCAGGUGCAUUAUAAGAUACUCAAAUACACGUGUAUUUUUU